AUGUAUCCAGAUGACAAUCCUGAUCUGCAGGCUCACAAGUGGAUGGUUGAAGUUGUUGGGUCAGCAAAACCAACAUCAAAAGAGAAGUUGAUCGAGAGUAAAUUGGUUCUACAGUCUGUGUAUUCACGUCUUAGUAGAAACUUUGCUCGCCUUUGGAUUUUCUGGAGUGGAGGUAUGAAUGGACUGAUGAUUCAAACAAAAACCUAUAGUAGUUUGAAUGAGAUAGAGGAAAGGUUGAUAUCAACACAGUGGGAAGUAUUAGUAGCAAGAAGUAGAACGGUCUGGAAUUCAACCUCACAAGCUGAGAUCUUGGAUGCCGCACCUCUGGACGAAGGGGAGGAGGCUGAGCAGCUUUUGAUGGAAUUGGAGGUUGAUGAUGGUGAUGACGAGCUGGGUUUUGAUAGAAGAGUCGAUGAAGCAACAGAAGACGAUGGUGGAGAGGAUGACGCUGAUGAGGGUAUUGAUGAAUGA